CUUUCUUUUUGAGUACUUCCUGUUUUAAAGUUUUUACUUCAAACACUCCUUUGCAAUUCGAGCAGCAUGUUCUAUCCUUCGCCAUCGUUCGAUGUAGACCAUCAUCCUUUUACCACUUCAUACAUACACAAUAAAGUACAUGUUAGCACACAUGUAUUUGUGUUGUCAUUGGUUUGCUAGCUGUUUACACCAGACAGCAUAGUAAAAGGAUGAUGGUAUGAUGGCUGAAUUCUUAACAGAGAAGCAGACACGGACAUUAACAGAAAAAGGACAAUAGAUGUUUAACGAACGCCAUGAAAUACUUAAAGACCUAGCUGAAAAAUCCUGGAAUGAAGUAGAAGAUGUUCUAGUGACUAUAGGAACGUGUGAGAAAGAUCUGAAAAAACUGAGGGAAGGAGACUCUUUAUUGAACACAAAAUUCAAACAAUUCUGUAAACAUUCUAGCGAAUAUGAGAAUUAUCUCAGUAGUAUCAACACUGAGGAGUCUACUCAACUACUAUCAGAUUACAAAGUGUAUAUGAACAAGUGUAUUAGUAUUGUGAAAAGAGCUUCAAAUGACUUAAAAACUGUUAAAUUGGAACUGAUAGAAACGAUGUCACGUGUUUCAUCUAAUGGCUCUUUAGCAAGUAUAAAGAGAACAAAGGCGGAAGCUGGCAAAGCGAAACUACAAUUCAUUAAACAGGAAGGACAGUUGAUGAGACAAAAAGCUGAUAUUGAAGCUGAGCUGAACGUUACUCGCCAGCAGAAGGAGAUAGCAGCCCUUGAAGCGGAGACAAAAGUGUUAGAAGGAGGCAGUGACAAAUCAUGUAAUGAUCUUCCCUCUGAAAUUGCAGAUAAGGAGGAAAUGACUAAGAAAUUUGUAAUGGAUGACCAUGUGACAGACUCAAGAGCAAACAUUGAUCAUAUCCCUCAUGUGAACCCCCCUCCUGUAGAACUGCCUAAUACUCAGCCAGUUGACAUUAAUGAGCCAGUACCUCAAUAUCACAACACAGGUUUGACUAAUUUCCAUGGCAUACCUACAGUGAACAUUCCGCAAAACCCUUCUCCAGUAUAUAUCCCGACAGCGAGCAGAUACAAGUUUACACCUACUAAUAUUCCACCAGAGAAUCCCUGUGUUGCUCCUAUGAUAGACUUUUCAAAAUUCAUGCUCAGAAAAGACCUUCUCCUCACAAGAUUUUCAAAGUUUGAUGACAAAGCAGAAACCUUUGCGGCGUGGUCUGCUCAACUCUUUCCCUGUCCUUACAAACAAGGAUAACGCGAAAUUAUAUGAUCUUGUGGACGUACUUAUCGAAGUGGAAUCUGCAAUGGCAAAUCCCGAAUUAACACUACUCCUGAGUUAUUUUAAUUUAUCAACUGGUGUUCUCCCAAUUGUGACAAAACUUCCACCCUCGCUUCAGGAAAAGUGGUCGACCCAAGCUUCAAAUUAUAAGAAACGUCACUGUGUUCCAUUCCCGCCAUUUUCAUUUUUCGUAAAUUAUGUACGAGAAAUGUGUGAAAUGCGUAACAAUCCUGGACUAACGUCACUCACUUUAGUUCAUCAUGGAGCCAAAUCCAAGUCAAAAAAUACAUCUAAUGAUGUAACAUCUCGGAAGAUAGAAAUAUCAACCUCAAGUUCCGUCCACUGUCCUAUCCACAAUGCUGGUCAUUCUCUCAAUGAAUGUCGUGGAUUCAGAAAGCGAUCUCUUCAAGAUCGUCAGAAGUUUUUGAGAGACAAACGUAUUUGAUUCCGAUGUUGUGCCUCGGACAAUCAUAUUUCAAAGAACUGUAGUGCGGAUGUGAAAUGUGAAAUUUGUGGUAACUCGCCAUGCUACAGCUUUACAUGUAAAUCGUAGCAAUAAUUCUGUUCCAUUCGUUCACCCUCAGACUCCUGAUCAAACUACAGAGAGUCAUGGCGGGGAGACAGCAUAUAUGAAUGCAGAGAAAGUUGGAAGUCUGUGCACUAAACUGUGUCGUGAUGUCAUUGGAGGUUGUUCUUGUGGCAAAAUUGUUCUUGUGGAUGUGUUUACUACUACAAAUCCAAAAUCAGCAACUCGUGUGUAUGCUGUAAUCGAUGAUCAGAGCAACCGUACUCUAAUCUCUACUGAUCUGAUGAAUCAGUUAGGAGUCGAAGGUGGAACUAAGACUUAUAACCUGUCCACUUGUUCAGGAAAUUCGACAUUUGAAGGAAGGUGUGUUGAUAGAUUGUGUGUUAAGUCAAUUGAUGGCUCAGCUGAGUUCAAUUUACCUGAAGUUAUAGAAUGUGACUCUAUUCCGAGUGACUUAUGUGAAAUUCCUACACCAGAAGUGGCCAUUCACCAUGCACAUCUCAACAAGAUUUCUUCGAAAUUACCGGAAUUAGAUCCGAAUGUGAAAUUUGGACCAUUGAUUGUGCGCGACUUACCCGACGUUCAUCAUGUCAAAGAUCAAAUCAUCGGUAGUAAAGGUCAACCCUUUGCUCAACAUCUUCCGUUAGGCUGGGUCAUUAUUGGUGAAGUUUGUAUUGGCAAAACUCAUCCUCCAAAGGAAGUGAAUGUGCGCAAAACAAACAUACUCAACGAUGGCCGCCAUACAACAUUUCCUUUGUGUCCAUACAACAUCUACGUCAAAGAAAUUCAUAAUGAUGUGUUUGUUACGACUCCAAAUGACAAUAAAGUUGGUUCGUCAGUUGAAGACCGGAAAUUCCUUGCACUCAUGGAUGCAGAGUUCUGUAAGGAUAAGACUGGCCACUGGUCUGCACCCUUACCUUUCAAAGACUGUAAACCUCCGAUGCCAAACAAUUUUCUACAGGCAAAGAAACGUGCUCAGGUUCUCGAAUCCAGUUUUCGCAAGGAUCAUGUCAAAAGUGCAAGGAAGUGGGGCAGCUGAAGUAGCUCCCACUCAGAUAGACUGUGAAUGUUGGUACCUUCCACUUUUUGGGGUGUACCAUCCCAAAAAGCCGAACCAAAUAAGGGGUGUUUUUGAUUCCUCUGCAGAAUUUAACAAUAUUUCCUUGAACAGUGUGUUAAUGUCUGGACCAGAUUUAACAAACAAUCUCAUUGGAAUUCUUAUGCGUUUCCGAAAGGAUGCAAUAGCUGUCUGUGGGGACAUUGAGCAAAUGUUUUAUGCAUUUCAUGUACAUGAAGAACAUCGCAAUUAUGUAAGGGUUAAUGUACGAGUAUCGCUCCAUUCCUUAAAAGUAAUGGACCGAGGCACCGAAGGGGCCGAGGUCCAUUGCUUUUAAGGAAUGGAGUGAUACGAGUACAUUGACCCACUUAAAAUGCACUGUAAACAUUAAUAAAAACUAAAGUUUGUGCAUUUUAA